AUGUUGUUGACGAGGUCUCUGAAAGAUGCACUUCGAUUGCACGCUGAAACCAUAAAAUCUGGUUUUACAGCAGACAUUCUUACCACGAACCAACUCAUUCAUUUGUUCUCGAAACAUGGCCUUAUCCAUGAAGCUGCUAAACUGUUCGAGGAAAUGCCUGAACGAAAUGUUUAUUCUUGGAAUGCCAUUCUGCAUGCGCAGGUCAAAGCUCAGAACUUCUCUAAAGCCCAAACCCUUUUCGAUGCCGCUCCAGAGAAAGAUACAGUUACGUACAAUUCAAUGAUAUCUGGCUAUGCCAAGAUGGUUGGUUCCGAAGAUCGUGCUGUCAAGUUAUUUCUCCACAUGAUGCGCCUCGAUAUUGACAGAGCUCGAGUUGAUGAAUUCACGCUGACUACUAUGAUGAACUUGGCGGCUAAGAUGGGUCAGUUAUCGAUUGGACAGCAGCUUCAUUCGUUAAUGGUGAAGACUGCUAAUGAUCUGAGUGGGUUUGCCGUCAGUUCUCUCAUUGACAUGUACUCGAAAUGUGGGAGUUUCGACAACGCGUGGAGAGUGUUUGAUGAAGUUGGUCACGGCGUGGUUGACCCGGUUUCGAAGAAUGCAUUAAUGGCGGCAUGUUGUAGAGAAGGUGAACUGGAAUUAGCUGAAAACCUUUUCUUAAGUAAACCUGAGAUGAAUGAUGUUGUGUCUUGGAAUACUAUCAUUUCAGGGCUUGCCCAAAAUGGACAAGAGGGAAAGGCAAUUGAGGUAUUUAAAUCUAUGAUAAAAGAGGGAUUUAAGUUGAAUGAAUACAGUUUAGCUAGCAUUUUGGAUGCUUGUUCUAGUAUCAAGAACUUAAAGAUGGGAAAAGAAAUUCACACUUGGGUAUUAAAGCGAGGAGUGGACUUGAAUCCGUUCAUCACAAGUGGCCUUGUUGACCUUUACUGCAAGUGUGGUAACAUGAAGCACGCUGAAUCUGUUUACAGAACGAUUACAUUGGAGAAUGCUUUUGCAGCUACAUCUAUGAUUGUCGGGUAUGCAGCAGAAGGGAAUAUGUUGGAAGCUAGAAGUCUUUUCGAUUCAUUGGGAGCCAGGAACUCUGUUAUAUGGACUGCUAUGAUAAGUGGCUAUGUCAAAAUACAACAGUCUGAUGAAGCUUUUGAGCUUUUUCGCCAGCUGAUGACAACGAAUUCCAAAGACUAUGAUGCUUUAAUGUUUUUCAAUCUGCUUGGUGCUUGCUCAGAACAUGCUGUUGUGGAUCCCGGAAAACAAAUCCAUGCGAGCAUUUUGAGAAGGGGGAUUGAGAUGGAUGUUAAAGUAUGCACCGCGUUGGUUGAUAUGUACUCAAAAUGUGGGAACAUAAUAUCUGCAGAUCGUCUGUUUUGGAGAUUAACAACCAGAGACCUUGUCCUUUAUAAUGUGAUGAUAGCUGGAUAUGCGCACCAUGGGUAUGAAGACAAAGCUCUGCGGCUUUUCCAGGAAAUGGUAGAAAGAGGGCAACGACCCGAUGCAGUGACAUUUAUUGCUAUUUUAUCUGCCUGUCGCCACAGAGGUUUAGUUGCAGAGGGUGAGAUGUAUUUCUGCUCUAUGACUAAAGAUUAUUCAAUAUUACCAGAAAGAGACCACUAUGCAUGCAUGAUUGACUUAUACGGAAGGGCAAAUCAACUUAAAAAGGCUGCAGAUUUCUUGGAAAAGAUUCCAAUGGAACUGGAUGCAGUGAUAUUGGGCACAUUCAUAAACGCCUGCAAGAUGAAUAGAAAUGUAGAACUAGCAAAAAUUGCUGAGGAGAUGCUAUUGAAGAUUGAAGGUGAUAAUGGUGCUCGAUAUGUACAAUUGGCCGGCAUUUAUGCCUCUGAAGGGAAGUGGGACGAAAUGGGGAGAAUAAUGAGGAAGAUGAGAGGGAAAGAAGUCAAGAAGCUUGCCGGUUCCAGUUGGAUACAUGUAUCUAACACACUCCAUACCUUUACAUCAAGUGACAGAUCUCACUUGGAAGCGGAGGCUGUAUAUGCUAUACUAGAUUGCUUAACUCAGGAACUAUACGGUGAUACUGUGAUUGAAGAAGAGGUAAUAUGUUGA